AUGACAGGACCACUCGAGACGACAGACCUCAGUUCAGAGUCUUGGUUAGCGACUCGCGAGCAAGAGCUCUUAGCGGUACUGGAACAGCUCCAAAAGAAACUUGAUGCUUUGCGGCGAUCGCAGCACUUUGGGCGUCACCCUCGGUUAUGGAAAGAACGCGUCGCGUCGAUGCUGGCAUCGCCAGAGCGGAAUACUUUGUUCCGCUCCAGCUCCGAGGGAAUAGAGAACACCACCGAGGGCGGCCUCGAAACAAAGCUGUACCCGAUCCAACGAAUCAUUUUCGUGUCGCUGCACCUGCCUUCAAAAGCUGAAGUCGACCUCAAUCGAGCACUAUCCGUCACAGCGCGGGUUACAAGCGCCAUUUUGACGGUGCUGGCGAGCGAUCCAGAGGUGCCAGUCGUCUGGGUGGGUCUCGAGCCGCCCACCGGGGACGCACCACCCGAGACGCCGGGCGCCGGCACACUCACGAGCUAUGCUUUGACAGAUGCUUUGCAAUUGACCGGAAGAGUGACGCAUUCGCCACAACUCGCUCGAACGUUUGUAUGCGUGCCCAUGGAGCCCGCACUAGCCAGUGCCUUUGUAGCUUUUGCCGAAGAGCAGCUAUGGUCACUUCUACACUAUGAUUUUGCGGGCCUCUUCUGCGGAGAUCUCUCUAUUCAAGAUGGGUGGCGAGCGUACUGUACGGCAAACGCGCUCUUUGCCGAUACCAUCAGGGGCCUCGAUAUCGGUCCGGGUGAUCUUCUCUGGAUACACGACUAUCCACUGAUGAUGCUGCCGGGGCUGGUGCGCCGUCACCUCCCCCAUGCACGUAUCGGUUUCUAUCUGCAUACCUGUUUCCCGUCGACGGAGAUCUUUCGUAUUUUCCCGUAUCGGCGUGAGAUGCUUGAGUCGCUGCUCCAGAGCAACCUGAUUGGCUUCCAGGCGUUUGGGUAUGCGCGGCACCUGGUGACCGCCUCGACGCGAUUGCUUGGAGUCGAAGGCACCUACGAAAAAAUCGUCAUCGAACAGCGACCUGCGCAUGCCUGUUUUCUGAGCAUCUAUCCUUUGGGAGCUGGAGUCCGUAUGGUGAACACCAUCCUCGAGAGUCGUGCAGCUCGCCGUCGCAUUGCCGAGUUAAAGGAACGUUUCCAGGGUCGGCGAAUUAUUGUGGGUCUGGAGCGGCUUGAUGAUCGUUUCGGGGGCAUCGACUUGAAGCUUGCCGCAUUUGAAGAAUUCCUAGCACGGAAUCCUCUCAUGCGUAACCAGUGCGUUCUCGUGCAGGUUGCCGUGCUCGAGGCGCACGGUCAUCGUGGUAAGGGGCGCUCGGCCUUGCCCGCUGAACGCAACAGCAUCGACCCCAGUGUGUUUGCCACGAGUGUUUCGACGUCGAAGCGUCUUCGACAUGGAGCGCAGGCCCCGAGCACCCGCUCUGGGUUCGGUGCUGGUGGCGAUCAUCAUCGACCAAUUCUGUCGCAGGGGAACGGACAAUUCAAAGCGAACCGCUCCCGCACAAGCACGGGCCUUGUUGCCGACGAGGACGGCCGCCGGCAACUCAUCCGCACGGUUUGCUCCCUGGUUGGGCGCAUCAACGCAGUGUACGGCUCUCUGGACGCAUCGCCAGUGCAUUUCGUGAACUACGAGCCGAGUUAUGAGGAGCUUCUCGCACUGUUCGCAGUCGCCGAUGUAUGUCUGGUAUCCUCAGUGCGUUCGGUGAUGACCCCAGUCGCCUACGAGUGGACACUGUGCCAACACGGGCGCGGCGAGGGUCCGCUCGUUCUUAGCGAGUUCAGCGGUGCGAAUCGAACCUUUCCCUCGGCGAUGCUGGUCAAUCCGUAUGACAUUGAGGGCGUGGCGUUCGCACUCCAAGAGGCACUUAGCCUGGACGCCCGCGAACGCAAAGUCCGGCAUGAGAUCGCGUACCAGUAUGUGAUGCAGAAUACCGUCAAGACGUGGUUCGAUAACUUUGUGGAGGAUCUGCAAGUUGCCGCCGCCACGGAUCACCAGCAUGCGAACGACCCAGUGCCGCUAUCUGUGUCCGAGUCGCAGGUUGCCGGGUCGCUGGCGGCAGCCCGCCUGCCGUCUCCGGAAGCUUCCUCAGCGGACAUGCACCCGGAGGCUGUGCUGUGCUCGGGUGCGGCAGGAGAGCGUGCAGAGAUUGCGGUGGUCGCACGGCUCCUUGAGCUGAGCCAAAAGAAAAGGCUUUUUAUCCUCCAGCACGACGGAGCGUUGAUGCCGUUCCAGGCUAUCGCGGAGCUGGCGGGGCCGCAUCCGAACGUGCUUCGCAUCGUCAGUGUCUUGGCAACGGACCCGCGCAAUGUCGUGUAUCUGUGUAGUGGCCGUACGCGAAGGAUUGUAACCGAAUGGUAUCAGCCGUAUGCCCACAAAUUUGGUUUCAUUUGUGAGUUUGGAUUGUUUCUGCGUGCGCCUGGAGCAAACAACAUCUGGACGGUGAAUGCCGAAGGCGAACUGUCCGAUCCCGACGAAUGGAAACCGCUGAUGCUGCCGCUGAUGCGGACGUUUGCGGAUCGAACACCUGGAGCGAUUGUCGAGGAAGCUGAACACACACUCGUUUGGCACUAUCGGGACGCGGAUCCGGAUUUCGGCAAGUGGCAAGCGCUCGAGCUCAUGGAGGAAUUGGGACGUAUUCUGCGCUCGCCCCAGAACAAUGGACUCUCUCUGGAGGUCGUCCACUAUGAAGCUGUCCAUGCAACGGGCGGCAAAUGGGUCCGGGUUGGACCACGGGGGGUGCGCAAGGCCCGCACAGUCGAGCGGCUUCUCUCGGAGCUAUCCCUGCGUGAGUUCGAUUUUGUGCUGGCGUGCGGCGAGGAUCGCCACGACGACGAGAUGUUCGAGACGCUCCAGCACCGCACGAGCAUGUCGAGCGUUCUGGUACGUAUCGGCCGCUCAUCCAGUGGACGUUCGCGAGCUGCGAACCUGCAGCUAGACUCGUGCCGCGAGUGGCUCGAUGCACUCCAGCAGAUCGUUCUCGGAACGCCAGGUAACGCGCCGCUGGUGUCGACUGCAGCGCUUUCGCCACGUCGCCAGGAGUCACUACCGCAGUUUGCGAGCGCUGAGCCAGUCCAGUCAGGCGAAGCGACGGAUCCGAACGUCGCAUCAUCCGCGGAUACCCUGGUGUACCGGAGGAGUGUUUCGGAACCGCGAAUCGGGUCUGCGGAAUCAGAGCCGUCUACGAGCACCGCAGUCACAGCAUUGCUGGCCGUAGCGUCGAGCGCGAGCGGAGCUGCCGGGCCGAAGCGACCGCCGUCGCUGCCCCGGAUUCAGGAAUACGAGACCCAGAGCGAAACCGAGUCAUCCUGA